UGAAGGGGAGGGAGGAGACAGGACUGAGGAUGGAGAGGAACCGGGGCGGUGGGGGCGGAGUCUAGUUUAGCAAAUAAAAGCCCUCGAUCAAAGGGAGGCACUUUCGUGUGUGGAGGAGGCACUCUCCUGUAAUCCAGAGAGAGAUGGGGCAGCCUGUGCCCUAAGGACGGCGAUCCGAAGAAGGAAAACAAGGACGAGAAGACGGGCGAGAAAUAAAAGGACACCAGGAAAGAGCGGAAGGCAGAAAGGGAAGGGAAAAGAAACCCACAUCAGGUGGAAACAAGAUCUAGAACAAACCGGUCGGGUCCACAGUUUGAUUUUCUGAGAGAGAAGAAAGUACCUGAGGAUUGCCUUUUUUUUUUUUUCCCCCCUUCAGCUAAAACUACUUUUAUCCUCAUUAUAAAAGAAAAAGCUAAGGGGAGGUAAAGACAAUCUCUGUCUUAUUAGGAGGAGAGCUGAAGGGGAGUCAGGCUGCCUUCUCGAUAGUCUGGAAUAAGCCACUGCUGGGUACACAGAGCAGAACCAUCCUGAUUUCUGAAGAUUUGCAUCCCUUUCGGCAGAAUUCCAGAGAGAGUAGCUGGUACAGUUCUAUUUUUAUAUUUAAAUAUAUAUGUCUCUUAUUUUCCUUUUUAAUCACACUUUCCUUGUUUGUAAGCACCGGUGACAAGAAAGUGCCCAUAGAGAGUAGUAUUUUCAAUUUCCCUUUUUUUUUUUUUUAAUUUAAAUCUGCUUGUAUCUUCUUUAGAGGGUAGAAGUGGUCCUUAUUGCAGAAAAGGGCAUUUUAAUUUGAAGGCUUUCUCUAAAUAUAUUUACACUCACACACACGCACACACAUGCUCUUUUAGAAAGAUACCUUUUGGAGGUUGAAAUCCUACUGAGAAAGAUGGAAAAAGGAGCCAGGCAACGAAACAACACUGAAAAGAACCACCCAGGUGGGACUGACUCAGAUGCCAGCUCCAAGACUGGUUCCGGAGGGGAUGGAGUAGCCCUGAAGAAAGAGAUCGGAUUGGUCAGUGCUUGUGGUAUCAUUGUAGGAAACAUCAUUGGCUCUGGAAUCUUUGUCUCGCCAAAGGGCGUGCUGGAGAAUGCUGGCUCUGUGGGCCUCGCGCUUAUCAUCUGGAUCGUGACGGGUCUCAUCACAGCUGUGGGAGCCCUGUGCUAUGCCGAGCUUGGGGUCACCAUCCCCAGAUCUGGUGGUGACUACUCCUAUGUCAAGGAUAUCUUCGGAGGACUGGCUGGGUUCCUGAGGCUGUGGAUUGCUGUGCUGGUGAUCUACCCCACCAACCAGGCUGUCAUCUCCCUCACCUUCUCCAACUACGUGUUACAGCCACUCUUCCCCACCUGCAUCCCCCCAGAGUAUGGCCUUCGAAUCCUGGCUGCCAUCUGCUUAUUGCUCCUCACAUGGGUCAACUGUUCCAGUGUACGAUGGGCCACCCGAGUUCAAGACAUCUUCACCGCUGGGAAGCUCCUGGCCCUGGCCCUGAUCAUCAUCAUGGGGAUGGUGCAGGUAUGCAAAGGAGAAUACUUCUGGCUGGAGCCAAAGAAUGCGUUUGAGAAUUUCCAAGAGCCUGACAUUGGCCUCGUAGCACUGGCUUUUCUUCAGGGCUCCUUUGCCUAUGGAGGCUGGAAUUUUCUUAAUUACGUGACUGAGGAACUUGUUGAUCCCUACAAGAACCUUCCCAGAGCCAUCUACAUCUCCAUCCCACUGGUCACAUUUGUGUAUGUCUUUGCCAAUAUUGCUUAUGUUACUGCAAUGUCACCCCAGGAGCUGCUGGCAUCAAAUGCAGUUGCCGUGACUUUUGGAGAGAAGCUCCUGGGUGUCAUGGCCUGGAUCAUGCCCAUUUCUGUUGCCCUGUCCACAUUUGGAGGCGUCAAUGGGUCUCUCUUCACCUCCUCCCGGCUGUUCUUUGCUGGAGCCAGGGAGGGCCACCUGCCCAUCGUGCUGGCCAUGAUCCACGUGAAGCGCUGCACCCCAAUCCCAGCCCUGCUCUUCACAUGCAUAUCCACCUUGCUGAUGCUGGUCACCAGCGACAUGUACACACUCAUCAACUACGUGGGCUUCAUCAACUACCUCUUCUAUGGAGUCACAAUUGCUGGACAGAUAGUCCUUCGCUGGAAGAAGCCUGACAUCCCCCGUCCCAUCAAGAUCAGCCUGCUCUUCCCCAUCAUCUACUUGCUGUUCUGGGCCUUCCUGCUGGUCUUCAGCCUGUGGUCAGAGCCUGUGGUGUGUGGCAUCGGCUUGGCCAUCAUGCUGACAGGCGUACCCGUCUAUUUCCUGGGUGUUUACUGGCAACACAAGCCCAAGUGUUUCAAUGACUUCAUUGAGUUGCUAACCCUGGUGAGCCAAAAGAUGUGUAUGGUCGUGUACCCCAAGACAGAGGUGAGCUCAAGAGCAGAGGAGAUGACUGAGGAGAUGGAAGAGCAGCAUCAGCCCAUGUACUCUCCCACUCCCUCCAAGGAGAAGGAAUCCGAGGACCAGCCCUAAGCCUGAGGACUGCCACACCCCUCUCAGCUGGCUCCUCCCUCCUUCAGCCCCCUUUCUGCCCUACUUCCCUGUCUGCGGUCCCCCCAACACACACACACAUACCCUUCUGUCAGACAGGGGCAGGACCUGGAAAUGGGUGGUAAGAAGUUGUAAACAAAGAUACUAAUAUUUGGACCCAAAGAAUGAGCCUCUAACCCCCAGGUCCCACACAAGGGCUGUCCAUGCUCUGAGCUGCUCAGAGCCCUCCCUCCCAGCACACUCCCUCAGUUGCCUUCUCAGGAACCUGAGUUCAGUACUGCUUUCCCUCCCUGUUCCUGAGCCCACGGGAAGGCUUCAGCUCAGAGAGGAGGGACAGACUCAAGCAAAUAUGUCAGCAUUGAAGGUCAGCUAGAGAGACCUGGGACCCAAGAAAUCAGAGGGGAUGCUUCCCUCCACCCUCUUCCCCACCCACUCCCUACUAUUCCUCCACCCACCCACCCCAGCCUGGGCUCCCUGUCCAGAGUGAGGCUUCCUUCAGGAUACCACCUCCCCACUGAGCUAAGGACCAAGGAGAAGGAGAACUGCCCCCUCCCCCUGACUCCCGGCAGGCCUGUGGAAGAUAUCAAGAAAGGCUCAGCUUACAAAAGCCCAGCUCUGCCCCUGCAUCCUGCCUCCAACUUGGUGUCAAAGCUUCCUGAACCCAGAAAGCAUUUUAUUUUCCAUGUAGCGACAGAGCUUCUCCCCUAAUGACAAAACAGCCCAGCUCCUCCUCCUGCCCCGUGCAUGGAAAGGAGCAGUUACCCUAUUUUCCCAGCAGCUACUCCCCCCAGCACACCCACAGAGCCAGUGCCACCAGCCACCUGUGGUCAUGCCCUUUUCCUCCUCUCUGGACCUUGGCUCUGGGAAGGAUCCCCAAGCCCUUCAGGCCAGACUUUGGAGCCAAAUCAGCCUUAAGUCACCUCGCAUCCAAAAACUGGGCUUAAAAAUACUCCCUUACUUCUAACCCUCAGGACAGACCUGGUAUUAAAUGCUUCCCUAGAAGAGGGGAGAGGGCACUUUCCCGUCUCCCCAGAGGAGCCCAUUCCAUAACCUCAGAGACUGUUUGGGGAGAGUGUUUUCUGAAAGCUGAUUCAGAUAACCCCUUCCUCCUUUCGGGUCUUACCUUCCUGUCUUUGGACAGCAUCUAGGGCAAGAUGAUAGGGCAGUGGCAAAAUGGCACCCACUUUAGAGACCCUGAGAAGGUCCCUCCUUAGACAGCCCCCCUCACUGUCCUGAGGUAGCUGUGGUACGUGGGCUUCUGACCGUCCUGCAGGCAGACACUGCAUUUCCCUGUGCUUCUGGCCUGGUACCCUGCCCAGUCACUCCUGUUAUGCUAAGGACAUAGGAUUUCCACUGACUUCCCAUUCCAUCUGCUUAAACUAGAAUACCCAGCAAGCCCCUCCUGCCUGGGUUGGAUCUCCCAGCUUCCCUUCCGACUUGCCUGACCCAUUGUCAGUGAGGUGCUUGGUUUGGUCUGAGUUAUGACCCCUUCAGAGUAGACACUAGGUGGCCUGGGGUUGGUCCUGGAGGGUCAGGGUACCAUUCUCUUUUCCCCUGUCUUAUUCUUCCAGCCUCCUCCCCUCCUUCAGUUAUUGUUUUUUGUAAAGUGGAUGCCUUACUUUUUGGAUAAAUAUUUUUGAAGCUGGUAUUUCUAUUUCUUUUGGAUUUUUUUUUUUUUUUUAAUGUAAGCUUGUUUUGGAGAGGUGGGUUAGUUAGAACCUGGAUACCCGGAUAAUGAUCUUCUGUCCUUGAGUUGGUUUGAGUUUUAGAGUUCUGUUUGUUUUAUGGAGGGUUUUUUUUUUUCUUUCGAUAUAAUAAAAUUUUAAAUGGAAAUAAAGUAUUUGGUGGUGCUGACAAUUAAAUGCCUUUCUGAGCCACAGACGCUAGACAUUUCCUGCCUUAGUUAGGAGGUCUUUGGUUGCCAAGUUCUUUCUAGGAUGGCAUUCCUAAAGCCUCUCACUCUCCAUAACUUUGAGCUGUCCCAGGAACUUGCACCAGGGCGUUCAAACAGCUACCUCACGUUUUUCAAUCAAAAACACUCUGUUUUAUAUUUCGGCGAGUGACAAAGCAUUACGUUCCUGCUCUGUGCACUGUACUGAGAGCCUGCAAACUAGCUAGCUGGGAAGAAGAAAUUCAUUGCUACUCAAGGUUGGAAUGUGAACAAAGUAGAGACAGUGCCAAGCUGAGCCGGGGGAGGCCAAGUCAGGGGUGGUCACCCAGAGGCUUGGUCAGCCUGAGCUGAGUGGUAAAGGAAGUGAUGGGCUGACACUGUGGAGAGGGGAAAUUAGAAGAGCAUCCAGCUGGGUUCAAGGGCCUUGAUGGAAGGAACUGAGGGGUAAGGUUGAGGAGCACCGACAGGGCUGGCCCGUAAAGUGUUACAGGUGUGAGGCUUGGUUCACGCAGCUGUACAGAGCCAUGUGAGAUGAAUAUUUCUAAGUGGAAGAUUAGGAAGACUGUUGGAUGAGGACAAGGAAAAAGGAGGGAAGUAGUUAAGGCGGGGGUAAGGAUGACAUACCUCCUCGUGUUUUGAGGUAAUUUUUAGAGGAAGUUGAUGAGAUUAGAACCAGUCUUGGCUUCUGUGUUCCUCCCCUUGUGGGCAGUUCUCCCAGUGACCUGUCCUGGAAUGGCAUCAUUCUAGAGCCAACACUGCUGACAGACUAGGCAGGAGUUGGGGAGGGGAGGUGUUAAGACAUCACCCUUCACCAUCUGGGACAAUGUGAGGACAGAGGCAGGCAAGAUGCCUCCACUCCCAGGCUUGGCCUGACCCCAACACUCCUGCUUUGUGGCUGCCAUUCUUCCAGACUGAAGCUGGAGGCCCUCCGAAUAGCUGGGAGUCCAGAUACUUGGCACCUAGUUCAGCUCAGUCACUAAACAGUUGUGUGUCCUUGGACAAGUCCCUUCCCCUUUGUAGCAAUUUUGAAGAAAAAGAAAGUUGAACAUUAUUUCAAAGAGCUGCUCAAUCUCCAAACAUUCGGAAGUCCUAGGAUCCCUUCAGGUUAUCAGCCCCUCCUGAAAGUGCAAGAGUAAGACUGGGCAGAGGUUAGCUUUGUGCAAGCGUCUGUUUUCCAAGCCUCAUAUCCUCAUAUCCUCUCCCCCAUACAUUUUCCUUUCCCUGUGCCAACAGAGGUCCUUCCCAUGUUGCCCCAUUCUGGCAAGUCCAAAAACCCAGUUGCCAUGGAGUCAGUUUUGACUCAUGGCGACCCCAUGUGUUGCAGAGUAGAACUGCACUCUGCAGUAUUCCUACCUGCAACCUCUCAGAAGCAGAUUGCCAGGCCUUUCAGUUAGUAGUUGAGAGCUUAACCAUUUUCACCACCCAGGCACUCCCUGGCAAGUCCAGCCCUCCCCAAGCCCCUCUCACUCCAUGGAAACAAUUGUCCUUGAGGAGAAGGGAGGCCUUUCUCUAUUUAAGGGGAUACCUGCUAAUCUUUUCAACCUGGUCAAAUGGGCAAAUGUGGAU